AUAUUGACGGAGAGCGGUUUUGGUCCCAUCACAACAGAAAUCCGGGAGGCUCCAGAGUUUUAUUACGCCGAAGAUUAUCAUCAGCAGUACCUCAGUAAGAACCCCGGUGGAUACUGCGGCCUCGGGGGAACAGAGUGUGGCCUCCGACCAGCUUACGAGUCCUUUCAGGAUACUGGCAAGAGGAUCAAAGGAGGGAGAUAUGCCAAGGUUGGGGAGUUCCCGUGGCUUGUGAGCAUCCAGAGCAAGGGGAAACAUAUCUGUGGAGGCACCAUGAUCAGCACAUUUUGGAUUUUAACGGUGGCCCACUGCUUUGCAGAGGAGGUGCCACGAGAUCUCACUGUUGUAGUGGGGGGAAUUGACCUCAACCUCCCAAUGGAAAAACAUAAGCUGGACAGCUUGAUCCUCCACGAAAACUAUGACAGAAUGAGCAUGGAAAAUGAUAUCGCUCUGAUCCUGCUCAGCUCUCCCAUCGAGUUCAGCAGUGAGAAAAUCCCCAUCUGCUUGCCCUUCACAUCUGACAACAAUACGUGGCAACACUGCUGGGUUGCUGGGUGGGGAACCACAAAUGCAGUAGCAGCGCCAAAGUCCCACCUGCUGCAGAAAGCACGGAUGAAGCUCAUCAGUAGGGAGCAGUGCUUGGAGUGGAUCCCGCAGCUAAUGGAGAACAUGCUGUGUGCUGAGCUGGACAGAGGAGAAAGAGGUGCUUGCCAGGUGGACAGCGGGGGACCUCUGGUUUGCAGCUACUGGGACACCAUGAAGUGGUUUCAGGUUGGCAUCGUCAGCUGGGGACAAGAUUGCACAGAAAAGCCAAACCAUGAGAUCUUAAUGUCUGUUUACAGCUACCUUGACUGGAUCGAGGCUCAGACAGUCAUAAAGGGGAAACCUUUUUUCACUGAAGGCAUGGAUAACCAUGCACAUGCCAGGAUGGCUUCUUCCAUGGCUGAGACACAGCUGGUGUUUCUUGAGUAUUCUCUCCUUUUAUUUAUCUCUUUAAUUGCAUUUACAUUACUUUAG